CGGCGGAGGAGGAUGGGACACUGCUGAUGCUGAUGCGAGAGCUUUCGGUGUCUGUGAUCAACAUCGGUAGACUGACCGCUACAUGAUGGAGCUUAUUCGUCUAAUUUAAUACUCCUUUUCGUUUCCUUGUGGGUUUUCGACCACAGCCGCUGGGACAGAUGUGUGUUUUGAGACGAGAAUAAUAAAGGAAUUCGGGGUCUCGUCUCGUCACUCGUCUGGCCUGUCUUGUGACUGACACAGGUGGAUUGCUGCUGGAAAACGGAAUCGAAGUGAAGACAUAAUAUUGGACUAUAACAGAGGCGGCAAUUCCCGCAGCUACGUCUUGAACCGUGGAAUAUUGAAGCUGAGACAUUUGGUUUAAUUUCACUGAGAGGGGUUGGUGGGGGGGGGGGGUGGACCGUUUGGCUUGUUAGCUAGCUAAUAGGCUAAUUUCGCUAGCUAGUCAGUUAGCAGCUUUCCUGGCCAAUGGCACGGAAGAAGUGGGAUGCUCGAAGGAGGAGUUAAUGUUAGUUGCUAGCAUAAAUUCAUUUGAGGAAAGACAGUCGGCGAUAUAUGUAGUAAACCGCCUUGUAAUGAGAGAUUUAAAAUGAACGGUACAGCUAGAGGUUAAUUCAUGUGUGAUUAGCGCUGGUCACAUCGUUUCCUCGCCGCACUGUGUGCUCCUCGGCAAAUUAGCUUGCGAUGGAUAAAAUCAGAUAAUCGGCUAAGAAAGCUAAUGUUGACAAACACUGGUGACUUAACGCUUUAAUUUAUGCUGUUUCAAACGGUCUCGUUGCCAAUGAUGCUGUCAGUAGUGUUUGACAGUUGAGCUCUGAGACUUUAUUUCGGUGAUUUACUAGCUUUCAGGCCGAAGUGAAGUAUGUUGACGUUGGAUGUGCUGAAGCUGGAACAUUUGGCAACAACCAGGAGCGGGUCUGCCAUGACAGAGAGGGACAUAGUGAGUCAAAACACACUUGCAUCAGUAUUAUAUCUGCUAAGGCUAAGAAAUGAAUAUGACUUUUGAGUUUAGGUAACAUUGUUAUUGAGGUGUGGACGGCAACCACUGAAGCGGAAAACAACAAAUACAGCAAUUUGUUACUCUGUUACCUGCCUGACAUCGUUUCUGUAACCGACCGACUCUCUUAAAAUGAUCAAUUUUGAUUUACCUUUAUGCAGUUAUUUAUAAAAUCACAAUAACUACCAGCAUCUUUUAAAUGUCAGAGCUAGACAAUGCGUGUAGGAAUUCCACACAUUUAUUUAAAGAUUUCACAGAGAAAGUGUGGGGCCAUUUAAAAACAUGGCAUUAAAAUUGAAGAACUGGAUCUUGACGACAGCAGUGAGAUAAGACGUCAGCAGCUUUCACAAGUUUGCGAAGGGACACAGCCAAUAUAAAUGGAACCGACAGUUCUCUCUGGCCCUUUGGGGCACACACAGUGGGAGUCAGACCAGCCAUUUCCUCGUGGAUUUCACACACUGGAUUCAGACAAUGGAGGUGUGCUUUGUCAAAACAUGAGUGGCCAAACAGGUUUGGAUUUCAGAGACGGUGACCAGGAUCAAACAUCCCAACAAAGUGAAGAAGAAAAGGUUUUCCAGGACAAGCCGGUAGAGUUGGACAACCUCAUAAAUAUCUCUGAUUUUUCUUGUGGAGAUGUGAAAUUUGAGGCCAAUCAAUCUUUAAACUGCAAAACCUCUCUCCAUCGUACUCAUCUAGAGGAAUUGUCUUACACAGAAAAAACUGAGGGACCUGAUGAAAUCAGUGACUGUACUUUAUCAUGGCUAUUUCCUCCCAACCUCACUGAUGUGGUUGGAAAAAACUUUGCCUGUGAGGAACUGAAUGUGACACAGGAGGCCCUUCUUGAGGGCUCAAAUGGCCUCAGUAGUCAGGCUGAGCUAAUAAGCCUCAGUGUACCUGUCUCUCCAUCAAAGAUUUCCACAAAGAAUUCCGAGGCCAACAUAAGGGAUCCAUUUAUGUUGGUAGAUCUCUCAAAUGACACCCCUUGUCUCCCCCCAGAGUCUUCAGGUGAGUUCAACCCACAGGGUGUCAGUGAGGAGCUGGUAGACCUGUCACAAGAGGAGCAGGCGGGUCUCCCUCCCUCACAGAGCAGGGAGACUUUGUCACCUGAAACUGGAGACAAAGGUUUAUUCCCUGAUCAAGUGACUGAUCUGCCUGUAACCAGUAGCACUACCCUGGAAGGUUUGCCUGAGAACUGCUUCUCACAAAACCAUGUCAGCACGCCACUGGAGUGUUUUGAAGGAUCUGUGCCUUUGUUGGAUUUAAAGGUUCCAGAUUGUGACAGCAGUCUGAGCCUGUGCCCAGCCAGUCCUGCCUCUGUUAUCUGCACAGGUGCGCUGUUACAUUUAUCAACAGAGGAGUCAGAGGUGGAACAUGCAGGAGCUGCUGUAAUUAGAAAUCUGACUUCAGAGCAACAAGGUGAGAAUGACUCAUUUGCUCUGAGUUUGUCAGCUGAACCUUCAUCACUGACAGUGCCUCUGGCUGAAGAUGCCUUCAUUGAGGGUAAUUUCACCAGUGAGAGUUAUUCUGUGGAGAAUGUGUCUAAGGAUUUGAUGGAAGACAAAACUUGUUCUGAAGCCAAAAAUCAGGGGAAUGAGGCAAUGGCUUUGGAUCUGUGCUUGACUGCUGAUGAGGUCCAUGAUGAGGAAACAUGGGAUUUGAAACCACAGGAGGGUGUGCAGGGUGGAAGUGUUCCAGAUCCAACAACUGAACAGAGGGAAGAGGAGAAGGUGAUAGACACUAACCAGCUGGAACGAUCAGAUUGUCAUGAAAUAGCCCCCUUUGAUUUUUCAGUUCAGGACUUGAACACUUCUUCUCCUGAGGCUGGAUGGACUAGUGAGCAAACUGUGGAGACAAUUUCCCUUUCUAAGAUGGUGGUAGAUGACUCACUGCCAAUGGUUUCAGCUGUGAGCACAAGAGAGGAAGAUGUCUCCCCACUAAAAGCUGUAUUCGACGCUUUAGACCAAGAUGGAGAUGGCUUUGUUCGGAUUGAGGAGUUUAUGGAGUUUGCUGCUGCCUAUGGGGCUGAUCAGGUGAAGGAUCUGACCAAGUUUUUGGAUCCCAGUGGCCUGGGAGUGAUCAGCUUUGAAGACUUCCACCGUGGAAUCUCUGCAAUUAGCAAUGGAGGUCCGGAGCCACAACUCUACAACGUAAACUACAGCCCCGGGGAUGGAGCUGUGGGCUGUCCAGAGGAAUACGAUGAGCAAAAUGAGGUGACCGACAGUGCAUACCUGGGCUCCGAGAGCACAUACAGUGAGUGUGAAACCUUCACUGAUGAGGACACAGGGGCCCUCGUACCCCCUGAGAUGCAUGAGGAUGUGGAGACGGACAGCGGCAUCGAGGCCACGCUGCAUGACCCUGAAGAUGGCGGAAAUAGGUUUUCCCUGAACUCUGAGCUCCAUAACCACUCCCUGGUGACGGUCAUCAGUGGAGAGGAGGAGCACUUUGAGGACUUUGGUGAAAGCAAUACCUCAGAGUUGCUACUGGAGAGCAGCGUGGAGGGGACGGAGGGGGAGGCCGACUCUUCUCUCGUGCAGCCCCUGGAGCAGGUCAAUGGCUCCUCACUUCUGUCUCCCAGUGCACCUGCUCCUCUCCCUGACUGCUUUCAGAGCUUCCUCAGGGAGGAGGCGCUGGACUUUUUCUGUAGCCAGUGUCACAAACAAAUAAGUCGUCUCGAGGACCUCUCCACUCGCCUCAAUUUCCUAGAGAUGACUAGCGCUGGUAAGAGGCUGUCCAGCAAGAAAGUAGCAAGACAUCUCCUCCAGAACAGCUCCAUGACUCUGGACACCAUGAGCGACUUAACACGGGACAUCCUGGAGCUCGCUGACAAUGACAUCACAGACAAGGUGCUCCUCCUUGAGCGUCGAGUGGCGGAGCUGGAGAAGGAGUCAGAGGCCUCGGGGGAGCAGCACGCUCGGCUGCGCCAGGAGAACCUUCAGCUGGUGCACCGGGCAAAUGCCCUGGAGGAGCAACUGAAGGAGCAGGAGCUCCAUGCUGACGAGCAACUACAGCAAGAGACCCGCCGCCACAAGGAGGCCCUGAGCAAGCUGGAGAGGGAGAGGGGGCUGGAGCUGGAAAACCUGCAGGCCAGGCUGCAGCAAAUGGAUGAGGAGAACAGUGAGCUGCGGUCCUGUGUUCCUUGUCUACGAGCAAACAUCGAGCGACUAGAGGAGGAGAAGAGGAAGCUGCAAGAUGAGACAGAAGUCAUGUCUGACAGACUUAAGGAUGAGACGGAGUCCCGCAGGAAGAUGGGUGACAAGCUCAGCCACGAGCGCCACCAGAGCCAUAAGGAGAAGGAGUGCACACAGGAGCUAAUUGAAGACCUACGUAAACAGCUUGAGCACCUACAGCUGUACAAGUUGGAGGCCGAAGCAAAGAGAGGGCGCUCACCCGGCGCAGGGCUGCAGGAGUAUCAGACCCGCACCCGCGAAGCCGAGCUGGAGCAAGAGAUCAAACGACUCAAACAGGACAACCGCAGCUUGAAGGAGCAGAAUGACGAGUUAAACGGCCAGAUCAUCAACCUGAGCAUCCAGGGAGCCAAGAACCUGAUGUCGGCCUCAUUCUCCGACUCCCUGGCAGCUGAGAUCAACUCUGUGUCUCGCGCAGAGCUGAUGGAGGCUAUCCACAAGCAGGAGGAGAUCAACUACAGACUCCAGGACUACAUCGACAAAAUCAUCGUGGCCAUCAUGGAGUCCAACCCCUCCAUCCUAGAGGUCAAAUAGACACCAUGCAGCCAGAGAGCCACUUGGAGUGACUCCUCAGGCUGUUAAAUAAUAUUCCAGACUUGGCUAAAAGAAAACUACCAAGAGAGGAUGUAAAAAUAUUCAGACAUAAUUUUGGUAGAAAAAAAAUACAACAACGCACUCAAGUUACCCCCCACCCCACCCCACCUACCCCACCAAAAGAAAAAAAACAAAAAAAGGAAAAAUUUAAGAUUUUUAACAAGUCCAUGGCUGUCAGUGAAAAAUAAGCUAUUUUCAGUUAGAUAUCCCCUGAGUCUGUACUUAUUUGUGAGUGGUAAGUGUUAACCCUCCACAAAACACUUGGGUUCUGGUGACUUCCAUGUAUUUGGCUAGAGGGACCUGAGUCACCCCCCCCCCCCGUGAGAAUGUGUAAAUGUGUGCAAGAGGUCAGUAUCAUUCGGAGUAGAAAUCUACCCCAUCCCUUUCCCAAAACAAAGUGUCAAUGUUUGAUUGAGCUUAAAAAAAAAAUCAAAUAAACAACGAUCAGACAAUUAUACCUAAAGGCCUUAAAUGAAAGGUGAUCAAAGGAUACAUUCAUUCUGCGUACCAUACAUGCCUCAGUGCAGUCGGUGGGCUGUGACGUCCUGAUCCAAGCUGAGUCGUGUUUUAAUCACACGAGAGAAAGCCGUAUGAAGCUUUGGUCAGGAAAGAGACAAGUAAACUUUGUCUUUAAUAAGUUAAAAACUUGCUGUGCUGCCUAUCAGGCCCUAUAACAGUGUGUUGUGUCCUUUGACCAAGUUCAACUGUCUUUCCAGUGAACCCAAGUGAGGGACAUUUCUAGGAGUUGAGGAUGAGAAAUGCCCGGAGGGUUGUGUGUGUGUGUGUGUGUGUGUGUGUGUGUGUGUGUGUGUGUGUGUGUGUGUGUGUGUGUAUGUGAGGUGUUUGAAUUUUUUUUUUUUUUUUUUUUUUUUUGCUCUGUGUUACUUAAAAGGUUUUGAAAAAGCUAGGUGACACUAGAAGACGUAACAAGAAUGACACAGUCGAUCUUGUUAAAGUCUCAGUCUCCCAAAUGAAGGAACCGGCUGGUUUAUAAUGUGCUUCAUCUCAUUUAUUUUUACAAUGAAACAGGGUCCCGGUGCUCAGGUGGGCUGGAGACCUCAAGUGGAAAAAUCACUACAUUUCCCAUCACUCCCUGGCACAAACGUUAGAUAACUCAAACUUAUCUCACUAAAUGUAGACUGACUGACUGUAACCGACAAACUAUAACCACCUCGUCACUUUGUAAAAUCUCCAGACACUUGAAUUAAGCAUGAAGGGAAACUGAUGAGUGAUUCUGGGAAUUGUAGUUUUAUUUUUCUAAGUACAGCCCACCUGAUCCCAGUGUUCUCUUGCUGAGUGAAAGUGACAGAGAGCAAGCUGAUUCAGGUUACCAACCUUUUUUUUUUUUUCUCUUUGCUGCACAGGUGAUGUAUGGUCAGUAAAAAUGACACUCGGGAGGUUGUAUGUGAAGAAUCAAAUGGUUGUACUUUGCACUAAGGUUUGUUUUGAUUUCUUUAUUGUUGUUGUUGAUAAAACUGUUGAUUGUGAAGGGAUCAAAUGUAAAAUUGAAGAUAUUUUGAAGCCCGUACGAAGAUGAUAGCACGUUGGAUUUGUUGCUACAGACAGACGCAGCAGCAAAGUUGGGGCUGGUGUGUGCUGCAGAAAUCCCACUCAUGCUUAAGAAGAAAAAACACAUCACACUAUUCUUACUGUCAUGUUCAAUCGGAAAUAUUCAAGAAUACUACAAAAAAAAACUCUUAAGAUUAGUUUUCAUUUAAAUACUGUAUUUUUUCAGCCAUCAGGAUUUCAUCUGAGCUUUUUCCCUGGAUUUUGGCCAGUUUUAUUUUUCCAGAACUGAUCUGCAUAAUAUUGAAGAGAGAUGGCAGACUUUGGUAGCAAUAAUGCUUGGCAGGAAAGUGGACAUUGGUGGAAGGCAGAUGAAACGAACCUGCUCUUUAUUUCCUCUGCUGAAGCAACAUCUGCGUUUUCAAAGACUGAUUUUUUGAACUGAUGCCGUGUUUAUCGGUACUGUGCAGCGUCAGUGCUUUUGGACAUUUCUUUCUGACUCAGAAACUGAACUUAAGUGUCGGAUUAACCCGCCAGAUAUCUUGAAGGAUUUAUAGUCGAAGUCGGGGAGGUUGUUUUCUUUUUGUCCAAACAGCACGGCGUUCUGCACCAGUAUCUUAAGAAGAAUUCCUAUUUUUCACCCUGUUUAAUCCCCUCUAAAUCUUAUCUCACUGCUCUUCUUCACCUGCCACUCCAUGGAAAAAUGGCCUUGGAUGUAAAUGACUUGUACAUGUAAAGUUUUUUCUACACUCAUUCUAGAUUCUAGGUAUUUUUAUAGCCAGAAAAGAAAAGAACAUUUCUUUUUCUUGUCUUAAGCUGAGAGACAGCUGCCUGUAUUCUUCUCUAGCAUGUAGCGUGUACAGUAUCUGUUUUGGGUUUUUUUUGUUCAUUUUUUUUUUUAAUUUUAAAUCACAUGCAGAUAUUUAUUCAUCAUUCAACACAAACAGCAACUCACACUCUGUGACCUGUUCUGCUGAAACUAUAUUUGUACAUUUUUGAAUUCACAAGGGGAGAUCACUAAUUCACAGUGAAUGAAUCUGUGGGAGAAUCUAUUGAAUUAAGACACAUUUAAAGCAAAGGUGUGUUGUCCUUGGGUGAGUCUCCAUUAUGUGAAACAGCUUGAAUAUGAGCUGCUCAGACUGGUCGUUGUUGAGGUUGUCGCACUCUUCCAUAAUGCUGAGGUGGCUUUGACCUGUUCAGGGUUGUGAUUUUUAGAUCUAUGGCAGAGUCUGCAGUUUCUACUGUUGUCUUCCCAGAUGGAGUCAGGUACUGCAUGGAAACACAGAUUCUUAUUGUAUAUCUCUGAUUCAGUUGUUUGACAUAUGUUUUGAAUGACAAAUCAUAUGCUAUAAUAUCCAUCAGUGGAGUUCUAGGUUGUGACACCUCAUAAUAUCAGCACGACACCUAAAAACUCAUAUCUAGGCUUGCUGAGCUCAGCAUCCUGCCUUUUUAGUGUAAUGCGAAGUUUACCCCAACAGAUUUAAUGCUUUAUUCUUUAGAGUAAUGAGUCAUUUAUGCUUUAUAACGAGGAAACAGGAUGACACCUGAACACAAUGGGUUAUAUUACAGUUAAUUCUCUCCUUGCAUCACAUUUUAUUGUCAGCUUUUGACAGAUAGUUUGAGGACUAACACGACUGGCAACAGAAUAACUAGAUGACAGGUGAGACUACAGAGCUGAUAAAACAUUCCCUCUUAGCAGAGCUGAAGGUGUUUGCACUUUAAACAAAUCCAAUUUCUCCAUUUUAACUCCUGCUUUCAAAAUGACCAAAGACAGACAUUUGAACCUAAACUGAUCAUUUUCUCUAUCAGGGUCCGUGAUAACGCUUUUGGUUAUAGCCUGUACUGUUCUAAUAAACCACAAAUUGACAGAUUCUCAGCUUGCCCUGAAAGAAAAAAGAAACUGGCCUGCUAGUCUAACACUGUGCCUCUGUGUCUCAAACUUUGCCUCUAAACUAACCUGAUGAUGAGCCCUGGGAAAAGCACUGACCACAUGACUGUCAGUUUGUUAAAUUAUAGAGAUGAAACCUGUAAAUAUGAAUUGUCAUUUUUGUGAAUUUAUUUUCUCUCUCUCUCUCUCUCUCUCUCUCUCACGCUCACUUCCAGUGUCCAAAGAAAGUUUGCUCAAGGCACAAACAUCACUACUGGAGUAGUGCAUGGCUUGCCAUUAUGUGACAUGGGAAGAUAAAAAGAGAAUAUUGUAGAAAAGAGAAAUUGUAAAAGUUAAAUUUAUUCCUAUUUUCAAAAAUAAAUGUAUAAAUUAUAACAGUAUUGGUUACAGCUGUAUAUUAUUUUUGAAGAUCCCCAAAUGAUCUAAUCCUAAUUGUUACUGGGGAAAUAUAAUUUCUGUCAUUGUAAAAAGAGAAAAUUUAAAGGUAAGCAGUGAAAGUAAGAUUAGAAAAAUAAAUGGAAUAAAAGGA